AAAAAAGAUAAACUCUAUAAGCAGUUCAUUAACUCUAGGGACUCAACUACUGAGUUAAAAUACAAACGCUAUCGGAACAAACUGAAUCAUCUUAUAAAAAUUGCUAAACGAAAGUACUAUGAUACAAAAUUUGAGAAGGCUAAAAAUAACCUGAAAGAAACUUGGAAACUAAUCAAUGAUGUAAUCAACAAACCGAGCAGAAAAGCAGCUCUGCCAAAUUCCUUUUUCUCUGAUGGAAAACUGUUAAAUGAUCCACAAGAAAUAGCUAACUGCUUUUGUAAGUUCUUCACCAACAUAGGUCCGAAUUUAGCAAGGAAAAUUCCAGACACACAAGUAUCUUUUCGUAGUUUUCUUGGCGCUUCUGUUAAUGAGUCGCUUAUCUUAAAUCCAACUAAUAUUUCGGAACUAAAUCAAAUAUGCAACUCUUUUAAAUCUGGAAAGUCGCCUGGAUAUGAUAACGUUUCAAUGGAUAUAAUAAAAAGCACCUUUGAUCUCAUUUCUCAGCCUUUGGCCAAUGUAAUCAAUUUGUCUCUUAUUAAAGGAAUAUUUCCUGAUGAACUGAAAAUUGCUAAACUGAUUCCGGUAUUUAAAGCUGGUGAUUCCCAGUAUUUCACUAACUACCGUCCAAUUUCGCUUCUUUCUAAUUUUUCUAAAUUCUUUGAAAGAGUUAUGCACAAUCGUAUUACAAAUUUUUAGAUCGUUUAGAUAUCUUAUACUGUUGCCAAUUUGGAUUUCGUAAAAAUAUUCUACAGCGCUGUCUUUAAUUCAUCUUAUUAAUAAAAUUGCAACUGCUAUUGACAGAAGCGAAUAUACAGUUGGCAUAUUCUUAGACUUAUCAAAAGCAUUUGAUACUUUAGACCAUCAAAUACUCUUGUCUAAGCUUGAGCAUUAUGGGAUUCAUGGGCUAGCACUUAGCUGGUUGAAAAGCUAUUUGUCAAAUCGCGUGCAGUUUGUCCAGUACAAAGAGACUUGUUCUAUUAGGCUGACUCUGAGCUGUGGAGUCCCUCAAGGUUCUAUAUUAGGACCAUUAUUGUUUGUUUUAUAUAUCAAUGACCUCCCUUGUGCUACUCGUCUUGCUGAAACUAUGCUUUUUUUGCAGAUGAUACUAGUGUGUUUUAUUCUAAUCCCGAUUUAAAUUGUGCUAUUUCUGCCGUAAAUAAUGAUUUAUCUCAAAUUGAUCUUUUUAUGAAAGCAAAUAAGCUCUCUGUUAACAUAACGAAAACUAAUUAUAUCAUUUUUGCAGCAAGGCAAAAACCAGUCGGCUUCCCAAUAAAUCCUGUCUUGUACGAUGAGGUUUUAUUAAAACAAGUAAAGGUAGUUAAAUUUUUAGGGGUUUUAUCGACGAGCAUCUAACGUGGAAGCCGCAUAUUACUUAUAUAUGUAAGAAAAUUUCAAAAUCUAUUGGCGUCAUGUUUAGGUCUCGUUUCUUUCUUUCUGAAACAACAAAAAAGUCUCUUUAUUAUACCUUAAUUUAUCCUUAUUUAACAUAUUGUACCACAGUUUGGUCCUCCACUUAUGUAACAAACCUUAAUAGAAUUUUUCUUCUACAAAAGCGAGCAGUACGAAUUAUUACAAAUGCAGAUUUUCGCGCGCACUCUGAACCAUUAUUUUUCCGUUUAAAGAUUUUGGACAUAUACAACAUUAAUUCAUUCUAUACUGCACAAUUUAUGUUUUCAUAUUAUCAUCAAUUACUGCCACCGCUUUUUUUCGAACCUUUUUGUUACUAG